GCUCGUUGAUAUUUUUAAAAAGUUUGACAGUUUUGAAAAAUAAAUACAUUUAAAAAACAAGAUACCUGCAGUAUGGUAUUUUUAUUAUUGUAUUUUUUACUAUAAAAAUCGUUAAAAAAAGUAAUAUGAUGUUUUUUUUAAGCAAAAUUAUUUUGAAAAAUAUACAAACAUUUUAGGGGAUGCAGAUUUUUACAAUGCAUAUUUUUAGAGACUUUUAAUUUUUUUCAGUGAGUAUAAAAGCAAUGUCGGUUUUAUAUACGUUUAGAGCCUCCAGAUACAACAGACAGACUGAUUUGACUCUGAACCUUGGAUCUUGAAUGAAGUGGGCUGGUCUUGGCAUUCUUCACGGCUGCUGAGGCAGCACUGAGGAAACUUUGUCAUUGUACCUCGAGGGGAGUGGGAUUUCCUUGAGAAACACCUAUGAGGUCAUACUUGGGCCGUGCCGGACAAAGAACUCUCCCCAGAGGAACACGCUGUCCGGACAAGCACAACCACUACUUGACAUUGUCCUCAAAACAUAUACAGCUCGAAGAACAUUGGAAGCUGCAGGAAUCCAGUUGCGUUGGAGUGGACGAUGGACAUUGCCAUGUAUGCAGGUCUCUGAACUUUCAGCGCUCCAAACCUGAGGAUUUGUGUGUGGUCAUAUUAAAUUUAGGUGGCAAGGAAUCUGGAGAUGAACGGCUUUCGUCCUCAGCGCUUUCUGCAUCUGACCAUAUACUUGACAGCUCAACAUCCCUGUCCGAAAAUCGGUCCAGCAAGGGAGAUGAGGACCACGUAUCCCCCUCUUUAUGUCCAGCAACCACGAGCAAGAGCACAUCGGUAAAGCCUCCCUAUUCUUACAUCGCCUUGAUCACAAUGGCCAUUCUCCAGAGCCCGAAAAAGCGGCUCACCCUCAGCGAGAUCUGCGACUUCAUCAGCCACCGGUUCGCGUACUACCGGGAGAAAUUCCCAGCUUGGCAGAACUCAAUCCGACAUAACCUUUCCCUUAACGACUGCUUCGUCAAAAUGCCACGGGAGCCGGGUAACCCGGGUAAAGGGAACUAUUGGACCCUGGAUCCCAAUUCUUCGGACAUGUUCGAGAACGGGAGUUUUCUGAGGAGGAGGAAGAGAUUUAAACGACAGCACUUCAAAUUCGGCUUUAAGGAUCAAGCGCUGCAGCCGGGUGGCUUUCCGAAUCUCGCGUACGGACUCAGCGCGUCCUGCGCGCACUUGCCGGGUUUGGAUAUCUACCCGUUUGGCUUUCACCAGCCUGUCAGUGUCCAACCUGUCGGCAGCAUUUUACCUGCUCUGUCCACGCUGUUGUCACGGAACAAGUAUUUCCCACAUUGCCAAACAGCGGCCCUGGAGCCUGUCGCCCCUGGCAUCGCCUGCCCAAUGCCUCCGACCUCCCAUUACGCAUCUUCGGCACUGUUCAAUCCGGUGGGCUUUCCUCGGGUCCUCGGUUUUCAGUACGAGUACCAAAAACUGCAGAAUAUGCACAGCCACGUGGAUUUGACCACUAAACACAGACACUUGGCUAGCGUCAGUGACUAGUUGCGCAAAUAGCAAGCAGACGUUUUGAUGUAAAACUCUUUUUCUCAGGAAUUUUCUCACUUAUCCAGAAGUCAAGAGGUUUUUAGCAAUCGAAUGUCCGAGGAUCUUUGAAUGAACGUUGUUUAGUUUCUGUCUGUACGUCUUUCUGUUGAAAAUAUUAUUGAUGCAUGUUAUUUUGUUGAAUAAUGAAGUUUAAUAAUCGAGCUUUGAAUGACUGAACUAUUUAAAUGACGAAUUUCCUUUUACGUUUGGAUGGAAAUAAACAUUUUUAAAUGCACAUUAAAUCUGAAUCCUAAUUUUAAUGUUUAUUUGCAACAGACUUUUACUUAUAGUUUAAAUGUCAUGUUAAUAAUUGUUUUGUAAAUUAUGUAAAAAAAUAUUUGAUUUGGAUAUGCAGUUUAAACAUACAUAAUUCACCUGUUCUUCUAAUAAGCAACUCUCUUUUAUUUUUCAAUUUAUGAUGGUAAACAAAAAUUUUUUCAGACAGCAUUCGAUGUAAACACAACAUUGUAAUUUUUUUGUAGAUAAUUGUAAAGGCAAUAUAUAGGGUGGAUCUAGAAAACCACACAGACAGAUGUUCAAGUCAUCUUUUUUAUGUCUUUCCAUCACAAAUCAGCAAAUUAUAAGGCGCAAGUUUGUCUCUUCUCGAGUCCUGGCUGUCAUUUGUAUAUUUAUUUGUGUGAUGAGCGGGUGUAAUCAAACGGAUCGGCCUUAAAUGCGCAAUGCUAAUAUACAAUAUAGAAGUGU